CUGCCGUAUUCGUAGGGCGCCUGUGCUUAGGCGGUUUGUUCCUGGUGGUGGUUUCCUCGUCGCUUUCUGGUAAAGUUGGUGGCCGCGGCCCCUAGGCUGGGAUGAAUCGCGCUCCUGGUGGAGGCACGGGAGCCAAGCCAGAGCCAUGGCCAGUACAGUGGUAGCAGUUGGACUGACCAUUGCCGCUGCAGGAUUUGCAGGCCGUUAUGUUCUGCAAGCCAUGAAGCAUAUGGAACCUCAAGUAAAACAAGUUUUUCAAAGUCUGCCAAAAUCUGCCUUCAGUGGUGGCUAUUACAGAGGUGGGUUUGAACCCAAAAUGACAAAACGGGAAGCAGCACUAAUACUAGGUGUAAGCCCUACUGCCAAUAAAGGAAAAAUAAGAGAUGCUCAUCGACGAAUUAUGCUCUUAAAUCACCCAGACAAAGGAGGAUCUCCUUAUAUAGCAGCCAAAAUCAAUGAAGCUAAAGAUUUACUGGAAGGUCAAGCUAAAAAAUGAAGUAAAUGUAUGAUGAAUUUUAAAUUCAUAAUAGUUAAUGCAUAUGAGUACCAACUUUUUUAAUAAAAUACCUCAGAGCCACAAUGUUUAAAAA